AUGCCGAUUCGUCUCGCAAGGUAUUCAGACCUGGAGGCAAUCUCCUCGACGCUUGCAGAGGGCUUCCAUGAAGAGGAGGUUAUGGGCCCUCUCCUACAUCCGCUGCGUCGAGAAUAUCCAAACGAUUAUUUGAACUAUUGGCGGCGGAAGUGCUGGGAGAAAUGGUGGAAUUACUCGUACGUCUUCGUCGUUAGCUAUAUAGAACAAGACGAGAAGCCAGAGGCAGCGGAUGAAGCAUCCUCGGAUGAUCGAAAAGAUGAUAGGAGCGCAGAAGAGCCUAGCAGGCCCCCGAGAGAGACUAUAACUGGCGUUGCUCAGUGGCAUCGCAUGGGACCCGGCUGGGAGUCCGUCUGGAAGCCACUUGGCAAAUGGGAUCCAACCCCCAACCGAGCUGCUUCCAGACCUCCUCAGCUCACCGAAGAGUCUGUCCGGCAAGCACUUAUCAAGGCUCUAGGGGCCCUGUAUGCAUCGCCUCCGCAUCGUCUGACCAACUGGUCCCUGAACUGCCUUGCUGUGCGGCCAAAGUACCAGAGACUUGGCCAUGGUCGUGAGCUGGUGGCCUGGGGAGUCGACAGGGCGCGAGAAGAAGGUAUCGCAGCCAGUGUGCUUGCAGCCAAGGGCAAAGACACCUUCUAUCGUAGAUGUGGAUUUACCGAGCUGGCAGGAUGGGCUACAGACGGCGAAGGGAAUCCUCUCAAGGGGGUGGUCGAAGGGGGUGCCGUCAUGUUCACGCGGGUAAAGGAAGACGAUUUAUGA